GCUUCGUCCUCGUGAUUUAUCCUGAAAAAACCCUACCGAUUCCCCAGCAAUAGCGAAAUACCUCUCCUCGCUCCACACUCCACACUCCACACUCCACACUCAAUUAAAGCUUCUGUUCCAAAUCCCAUAUAAAUUCUUGGUAAAAUACAUAGAGCCCAAUACACUAUUUCAACAAUUUGCUCAUCUCAUGACUCCAAAAUGGCGACCGGCACCUCCGUCGACCGGAGCUGGAUAACCGCCAUCCAAAAAGAAGCCAACAACCCAUCCAAAGAUCUCGACCUAUGGCGAAAACACUCCAUCUACCUCGUCCCCUCCUGCAUCAAAGACCUAAACCCCAAAGCCUACCGUCCUCAGAUCGUCUCCUUCGGCCCUUACCACCACGCCGACCCCGAACUGGCUAGCAUGGAGGAGCAUAAGCACCGCGCCCUCCUCCACCUUCUGCGCCGAGCCAAGAAGCCAUUGGAGGACUUCGUGGCGGGGAUCGAGGAGAUCGUCGGGAGACUGCAGAGCUCGUAUCAGGGGCUUGAGGAAAGGUGGAAGGGGGGUGGCGGAGAUGAAGAAUUUCUGCGCUUGAUGGUGGUGGAUGGGUGUUUUAUGCUGGAGAUUCUGCGGCUUAAUGUCGGCCAGUUUGGGGAUUACGCUGCUGAUGAUCCCAUAUUUAGCAACCAUGGGAUGCUGCAUACUCUGCCUUAUAUUAAGAGGGAUAUGCUUAUUGUGGAGAACCAGCUGCCGUUGCUGGCGCUCGAGAAGUUGGUUUCGGUGGAGGCCGGCAAACCCGCGAACCCAGAUCAAAUAAACCGACUGGUUCUGAAGCUCUGCUCUCCAGAAUCCCCAGCUCCAACCCCCGGCAUCGGUCUCGGCCUCCAUCCUCUCGACCUCCACCGCCGCAGCCUCCUCCAAAGCCCUUCCACCCCUUCCGACCUCCCGCCACGAUUCCGCUCCUCCGACUCCUCCUCCCCCGGCAUCAUCCGCUCCGCCAUCGAGCUGUACGAAGCCGGCAUCCGCUUCCGAAAGAGCCGCACCACCAGCCUCCUCGACAUCCGCUUCCACCACGGCGUCCUCAGCCUCCCCGCUAUCGUCGUCGAUGACGCCACUCAAUACGCCUAUCUCAAUCUCAUGGCCUUCGAACGCCUCCACGUCGGCGCCGGCAGCGAAAUCACCUCCUACGUCUUCUUCAUGGACAACAUAAUUGACUCGGCCAAGGAUGUUAGCCUGCUUCAUUCCAAAGGAAUCAUACAGAACGCGUUAGGAAGCGAUAAGGCCGUGGCGAACCUGUUCAAUUCGAUCUCAAAGGACGUCACGCUCGAUCCUGACAGUAGCCUCGAAGCCGUGCAGAAGAGGGUUAAUGCUUAUUGCCAGAAGAGGUGGAACAUGUGGCGGGCUAAUUUGAUCCAUACUUAUUUCAGGAGCCCAUGGGCGUUUCUUUCGCUUGCGGCUGCCAUUUUCCUGCUCGUGCUUUCGGUUCUUCAGACGGUUUAUAGUGUGUUGCCUUAUUAUCAGACAGGGGAGGCGGCGGCCGUAAUGGCGCCACCACCGCCGCCGCCGAUGCCGCAAGCGCCACCGCCGGGUUUCAGUCCCCGACGGGGCGUCUGAGGCUUACAGAUGCUGCAUUUCUGCGUUUGGUUUUUGUCAGAGUGUUUUUAUGUUUGGGAUUUGGGUCAUUUGUUUGGUUUUGGCCAUUAUUGAUUUGAUUUACAAUAAAGUAUAUGGUUAAUUUUCAUUAUGGAAAUGAAAUUUGAGGGUUUGUGUUGAUGUAUGAA